AUGGGCUUAAAAAGUGAUAACUACUGGAGUUCCUCAACUUGUCCCUCCAAAAAUCCACUAAUCUACAAUAAUAAAGCCAGUGCUGGAAAUUCAUAUUUUCGAAUUAACAUAACUGCUGAUCUUACUGUACUCGAUGUUUGGAAUCGGGAUUGUGGAACUGGAAAAUAUUUUUCGAUGAGAAAUGGUUUGGUGCAAUGUUGGGCGGUUAGUUGUAUAACAUGAGCAAGGUGUUGCUCAUAUUAAAAAAAAAAAUAAUUUCAGUGCUACGUGGCAGAGGCAAGUGCGCCAACACCAAACUCCAUCAAAACCGGUAUCAAAAAUAUCCAAAAAACGAUGAGUUCCCCGCAAGAUCUAUCAAUAAUCAAAUGGUUGAUCCUGGCUAAAAUGAACGAUUCGGGAAUCACGCAAGCUGCGCUGGUUAUGGAUGGGUUACGUAACGCAAAUUGCAGCACGGCGGAUACCAUGAGAUUGUCAAGCUGCCAGUUUCCCAAAGGUUUUACGAUGAUCGAUUCGACGAAUCCGAAUUUGAAUAUAUUUACAUUUGUGGAUGCACCAAGUUAUGACGUGGCGAAAAAUUGUGUUGUUAUGUAUUUUGAUGCAAAUGAUACGGAUUUGACCGGGAAAAUUGAUUACUCAAGGUAGAUAUGUUUUUCUAUCUGAAAAAAAAUCAAUAAUCUGUAAUUUUCAGCUGCACUUCCAGCAAAGCUGCCAAUGGAUUUGCCAUUCGAUACAGUGUAAAUUUGACAUGA